CCAUUGUAUGUGAUUUUUCGAAAUUUAUGCCUGACACCAGAUGGUGACGCAGCUCGACAACCGCUGCUUUCGCUUAUUGCCGAAAUGUGCGAAAAAUGUUCGUCCAUAUCGUAUUUGUUGUUAUUUUUCACUUCCUCAAAUCGUCGGGAUCAAAAUGAUACGGCAAUUACGGCUUACACAGAUCUCUGUCGCAUGUUGGAUAUCUCUCCGAUUCAGCAGAUCGUUUCGGAUUUGGAGCAAUGCCAUCUUGAUGAUUUUGUGCUUUUCGCGCAUCUGAUCCCGAAGGAUUCUUUCUUGCCAAUUGUCAGUGCCUCGCUCACAUGGGAAACAACGGCACAGUUCAUUUUUUGGCAACUUGUUCACGCCGAAGGUGUUCCCAUCGAUUGGAUAUUGCAAAUAAUCCCAAAGCUUCAGUACCCAAAGCAUUCGGAAGCCAUUGCACAAGUGUACAUUAUGCUUCAAAGAAUGGAUCGCGAACCAAAUAUGGGCUUAAUUCGAAAUCUUCUUUCGCGAACCACCGUUGAUAUGUUCACGGUGAAUUGCCUGAAAUUGCUGAUCAAGGAUUCAGAUUAUGCUGGACGAGUAGCUGAACUGUUGUCAAAUCUUAUCGAUAAAUUGAUCCAAUCGGGUGAUCUACUCCCAAUACAUUCGAAGAAUAAGCGUCCUAAUCAGAGACAGAGUUGCUUAUCAAAAGACAGUCAUGUUGCCGAAGCAUUUCUGGCUCGUCCGGUUCUCCAGGAAGCAUUCACGACAGCGAGGGCUGCAGAAAAGGUUGCAUAUUUUGCUUAA